AUAAAAUGGAGCAAGAGAAAGCUGUCAGGUUCCAGGAAGAAGAUCCUCUCCAAGAAGAACAAAAAGAAGAACAAAUCGAGGAAUCAAAGGAGGAAGAAACUCUAACAGAAAAGUUUCCUGAUAUCAAGUACACAUGAGGCAAGUGAAGAAAAGUUUUAUUCAGAGUGGAAGACUUAGAAACUGAGCAUAAUUCUUAUAUCAAAAAAUUUAAUGCUUCAACCACUAAAACUUUUAACUCAGAAAUUAAUCAUACUAAGUGAACUUCGUGGUUCAUAAAUGAAGAUAAAGGACUAGCUUUGUGUCCUGAAGCAACAAGUGGAAAUAAUAGUGAAAAGAUUAACUGCCCACAUUGUAAAGCAAAGUUAGGAUGUUUGGUAUGGUCUGGUGCUCAAUGAUCUUGAGGAAGAUACACCUGCCCUGCUUUCCAAAUUCACAAGAGCAAAGUUGAUGAAAUUAAACCAAUAGUGUUCGGAUAA